UUUCAGGAUUUUGAGAAAGAUCCCGUCAAAGUGAUGCGGGGUAUUUUCGAAUUCUUGGCGUUGGACUCCAGUAUUCCUCUGCCUGAUUUGAAGAAGGUUUUGCCAGAAGAAGUUUUGGACUAUGUGGUCAUGAAUCCAAAGCAGAGCCAUCAGCUCUCCAAAGAGGAUCGAGGAAUGCUAGAAGACUACUACAAGGCAAGAGAGCUGAAGCCUAAAAGCGUAAGGUUCAGAUUCAAUUUCUUUCGACGGUGCAAGAUUCUCCAUUUGCAAUACCAAGGGAAAAGGGUGCUAUUGGCGUGCACUGCCUGCAAAGGAUUGCCAAGUUCUAGAAGGGAUUUGCGCACACCCUGCUGCUUGACUUGAAGACUGAUAUUUUGUAAUGACAAUUGCUUCAAAAGUGCCUAUGACGUUGCCGAAAAAACAAUGCUGUGCCACAUCGCGCCACAUCACGUCGCCUGUUUGCUUUCGGAAUUGAUUUGGCAUCUAAUGGCAGUCUCAUGUCUUAUUCAGAAUUUUCGAUGGCGGCAGCAACACGAUGAACACAUUUUGUGGACAAUGCUUGCAUUACUGCUUUACUGAUUGUUCACGUUGGUGGGAGACUAGGUCGGAAACCACCUGCUUUCCUUCACCUCACUAUACAUUGCCACGUCACCAGACACAACACAACAGACCAGGACGCCCCUGAGAAAGUAGUAGUCCAACAGACACCGCACGUCACAUUGCCACACCAUACGUUAACGACAGUGUGGGUUUGAUAAAUUUGAGAAAGAUGAAGAAUGCAAACAGCAAAAGGAGCCCAUGAGAUGCUGUGAUUUAGGACAGGACAGGAGCUGUGGAAGUUGUUCUGUAGGUCCCUGAGCUUGGUGCAGGUUGCAGCCAAAAGUGGGCAAAGUAGCCAAGGGAGGCCAAAAGGAUCCAAAGCAAAGGAAACAUGUGCAUAGCUUUUGGAUCCGCGUGGCUGCAUACCAAUGGGAGGGACCAGGUCUUUUUUCUUUCUGCCACAUCCAUCCGAGAAAAUCGUUACGAAUCGUCGUCGCAUCGAGGGGAUGCUUCAACGAGACCUGUCCUUUGGGACUUUCAAGCAGCGCCUGCACUUUGACGUCCGUCUCAAUCACGUACGUUGAGGGACAGGCGCAGAAUGUCGCAUGAUAUUUGAAUGCAUUGGGCUUGAAAAAAGCGCGCCAACCCCAGGUUUUGUGAAACUGCGUCAGAAGCGAGCUCAUGCAACCCGCACCAGGGCAAUUUUUUUGAUUCAUUGCGCUAUAUGAUGCCUUUUUAUGUUCAUAACUGUCAUAACUUAACGCAUAACAUAACAUUUUAUGGGCUGCUCGUCCUGUUUGGCCACGGUCACCUCACCUGAUUUUGCCUUACCUCAGAGAGGACUCAACACAGAACGAUUCGGUGGUGAAGAACGCAAAGAACAGGGCUGCGUGUGCUUGGUGUGCUCCACUUUCAUUUACGAGGUUGUAGGAACAGCCACUUAAGUUUUUGCCAGGCGCAUCAUACCUGAUUCACCCCCACGUCCGAAGAAAGGGGCGUCCCGAAAGUCCUCAGAGGCACAAGGUCACAAGGACAUUUACAUGUCGGGUUCAAGCGGUGUGUGUCGGAAUCUGGUGAGUCUUUCCAUAAAGUCCUCAGCAUUCUGCUCUGAAUAGGUUUGCAGCGUUCGUUGGCUAAAGAGAUCAAUUUUUGUGCAUGCGGCACCGCGCAGAGGAGUGACACAAAACAGCUUCCAUAACAGGCAAUCCGCCACUUGGGCUUGCGGUUACAGUAUGAAUAAACUCUGUGAUGAAAAAAGUGCGGUUUCUUUAGAGGAAGUUUUCUUUGGAGCUGCUUGUGCUUUGCUAUGCUUUGCUCAUCAUCAUUUGACAGCACCCAAAGUUCUUAUGCCGACUUGUGUCAAGCAAGAGAUGAGUGCCACCACAGCCACGCUGAAAUUUGAUUGCGUCAAGAGCUGGCAAGAAGAGAAGUUCCACUGCAAUGAACGCUCACUCCAGCCCCGGCCCCCAAGUGAACAGACAAAUGGGAAGAUGGUAAGAAUGUUCAUGUAUGUUCUUUGGCUGUGAAUAACGCUUGGCCAUGUUUGUGUCCCGCGCGGGUCCUCUAAGCGCGGCCAAAGCUCAUCAGAGUUGUCAAUUCAGAUGCAAGAGAAAGGCUACCUGGCUACCUCUCAGCGUGCAAUACAACAGUUGGUGUAACGCCAAAUCAGAAGACACACACACACACCUGGAAUGCUUUGAGUGGAUUUGCAAAUUACGUCAAAUUACAUGUUGGAAGUUUGGGAGGAGCGAAAUCAAGAUUUUGCAGAGAUCAUGGGCAAGGACGUGGACACUUUGUGGUGACCUUUGUGGCUGAUGACCCCAGGCGAAGCCUCAUUUCUCUGCACGUGUCCGAUCUAGGGCAGCAAAACAAAGGGUCCUCACAUAAAGAGUUGCAUGUUUGGGAGACACCUGGCAGUCUUUAGGCGUUCAAAGAGUGAAUUUGCAUCAAUGGAAAUGCUCGAUCCCAAAACUUGGCUCAAGGUCAAGAUGGUCAAGGUCACUUGUGAACAGGUCGAAGAACUUGUUUCUUUCCACUCUUCCGGGCAAUGGCGAGCACGUGCAGCGCGUGCAGCCAAUACCCACGCGUGCUGAAUGGUGUUCUGGAUGAGUCGGAUGUGCGACAUUUCAGGUUUCUCUUUAAGGAGCUUGCGGAAGACGAGUGGCAGAAACGUGAGAAGGCUGCCAAAGCAGAAGGGAGAGCCCCUCCACGGAGAGUCUUGGAGUAUUUUACAAUUCUCAAGAGACUACAGAUGGAACCCCGGGACGACAAACUUUGGUCGAUAAUACAGAAGCUUUACGACACAGUUGAAAAGAACUUUGGCAAGGGCUUCGUCAUGCAGCAGGAUUUCUGGUCAUGGCGUAGUCAAGGGCAAGUGGCCGCGGAGCGCAUCCACAUGGAUGGAGACUUUUGGAUGACGCGUGGCAAUGAUGGCUUCAAUUUGUGGAUCUUGCUGGAUCACCAGGGUAUGGGGCAUUCAUUCGACAUUUUCACACAGGGGGCGAAUCCAGGGCUUUACAAAAUGCUGAAGCUUCCUGGUCGGGUGACCUCUAUCGUUCCGAGUGCCGUGAACGAAGCAGUUCCAUGCUUUCUAUUCUUCGAGCCUUUGCGGCUGUGGCCGGUCCUAUUUGAGUUUCAAAACUCUUUGGCGCGAUCAAUUGCUUCGUGCUUUUCAUAUUGCGCUACAUCUUGGUUUCAGCUGAUCUUAAAGGCUCAUUUGCGUGCCCGAGAACGGCUGCCACUGUGGUUACUGCGGUCCUUCACUUGGGUUUUUGGAUGGCUGGGCAAUUUGUACCUGUUGCCAAGUGAAGAGAUCAGAGCGACGAGGUUUACGCUCGAUGUGGGUGAUGCGCUGGUGGUGCGACAGGAUGAACUUCACGUUUCAGACCAGGAGCCCUUGCAAGCUGACCAACAUCGGUUGGCUGUGGGCUUCAAGUUCAUGCGGCAAGCCCCAGUGCGACAGUACAUCUUUACCGGCCCAGCCUCUAAGGCAAGAAGGCGCUAUCAGGGUCUUCGAAUGCCUUGGGGAAGCAUGUUGCAAGAUGUUUACCGGACAGGUGUCGACAUGAACCUCAACGUCGACCCGGUGCCAUUGCGGUGGCUCCUCGCGCAUUCUUCAGUUAGGUAUGGGUGAUCGACGUGCGAAACCAGCUUAUCUUGUGCCAAGCACUGAUAGGUUUUGGCGAUCCGAGCAUAUGAGGCAAAAAGAGCUGCAGAAUGCAGCAUUUGGAUGCACCACAUGUAACAACC